UAUUUUAUCUUAGCAAAUAUUCAUUAGAUCCUUUUUUAACUAUGACUUAAAUGUCACUGCUGAAGUUCAUAUCAGAAAUUCUCUGUGUUCACUUGGAGUUGAAUUGUAAUCGACUACAAACGAGUUGAAAUAGACUUUUGUUUGAUAACUAAUAUUGUGUAAAAUGUUGCGUUCUUCAGCAUCUCGUCUCUCAUGCAUCUUCAAGAGAGCUAUAAAUCCUGCUAUAUGUAAUUCCCACAGAAAUAUGUCUUCUAAACAAGAGGAAAUGUAUGCUGAUGACUUCGAUACCAGAUACGAAAAAUAUUUCAAUAACAAAGAUAUUGAUGGUUGGCAAAUUAGACAAGGUAUCAACGAUUUGGUGGGUCAUGAUAUGGUUCCAGAACCAAAAGUUUUAAUUGCUGCGUUACAUGCCUGUCGUAGAGUUAAUGAUUUUGCAUUGACUGUAAGGAUACUAGAAUCUAUGAAGGAUAAGUGUGGUGGACGAGUCAAAGAAAUCUAUCCAUAUCUUCUUCAAGAAAUCAGACCUACUUUGGAUGAACUUGGAAUUAAUACCCCUGAAGAAUUAGGUUAUGAUAAGCCUGAAUUAUUCUUAGAAUCUGUAGAUGAUAUGCAUUGAAUGAAAAUGUUGCAUAAUUUGUAAUAGAAAAUUCUUCAUAGUAAAAAUGGUUCAACAUUU